AUGGUUGAUUCACAGUUUCAUGUCUGGUUACUGGAAGUUAAUGGAGCACCAGCAAGUGCAAAGUAAGCUACUGGAUAGUUUUCACUAGCGAUGGAGUUUUAAGUGGAGUCCCACUUACAAUCUGGUGAAUCGAAAACCACAUUGUCAGAGUCUGAAGCAGAAGCAAAAGGAUAAACCAAUCACGAAGCUUGUUACCAUGCUUUGUGAUUGGUUCAGAACUUGCACCUCUGCUUUGUAGGUGGUUUCAGAAGGAUUAAGGAAUUGGAGGUGUAAGAAUCAGUCAGUGUUUCCUUUUUUUCUGGCCCAGCUCAUGACUAUGUUGCUUAUGAUUUACUUAAAACCAAAUUUUUAGAGUCGGAAGCAGAAGCAAUGGGUUAAACUAAUGACAAUGCUUUUCCCAGUGUAUUGUGUUCGCUUAGCCUGUUUUAGGCUCUGAGAUAGUCGGGUCCGCAGAAUUGAGAGAGGGUGAACACAAAAAUAAAACAGGGGAAAAACAGGGAGAGCUUACACAUCAUCCCAACUAUCUGAGAGCCUGGAACAGGCUAUGAUUGGUUUAGUACUUACACUUCUGCUUGCAACUCUGAUAACCUAGACAUCACUAGAUUGUAAGCAGCAGGGUUUAUGAAGAAUAUUAUCAUUGGAAAUAAUGCUGUUUUCAUGAUCACUAGAUCACAAUACUUCUGGUUAUGUCUUCUGUUGCCAUUCAACCACCCUUUAUACACAAAGGGAUGUGAGUAAGGAUGGUCAGGGGGUCUCAGCACUUCAAGAGGACUCCCAGCAGAGGGGAUGCUAUAAAAAAAUUAAUAUUGAAUUUAAAACUCUUAAAGAGACAAGUUCAGCUGAGGUGCCUAAGAACCAAGCAGCCAAUUAAGAGCUAUAAAUAUGCUGAAAAAAAGUUAUUUUGUUUUAGAUGAUAAUAAUUAUUAUAGAAGUUAUAAAAAUUCUUUUCUUUUCAAUUCCACAAGCACCAGAGGUUAGACUGUACAAACUUUCUGACUUUUGACUCGUUUUCUUCUUGUUUAGAUCCCUCCUACCAGACCUCGCGGAAGAACUUGUGAGAAAAGCAAUAGAUCCACUCUUCACUAACCACAACAACAAUGAGCCUGGCAACAACUGUCACCCUGACAGCAAAAAAUGUUGCAGUCCAUCUGGAGGAUUUUUUAAAAAGAUUUAG